UGUGCUCGAAGACAUAUCCAGCACAAUUGUGGCGAUCAAUAUCCCUGAUGGAGCUCACCAUCUCGAUUUGCGACCCGCGACUCCCCACGAUCCUCAGUCCGUGGUGAUGCAGCGCAAGGCUGAGAAGGUACAUAUUCGCGCAUGGCUGCGAGAGUUUCACGCGAAGAAGCAUGGCUUCUUCUUCGGCGCACGGAUGACGUUCACCAUGGCGGGUUUUGGAACAAUUCUCUGCGGCAUAGUUGGCGCGGUCGUGGCUGUUGCAGUUAUUCAGACGGCGGUAAGGCGCCGGAGGAGGAGAAGGGCCGAAGGGGAUUUCAACCCUGGGACUGGAUUGGAUCGAUUAGCUGAGAAGCUGAUUGAAGGACCUGAGGAGGAUGAAGAACGCCGUCAGUCGGCACAACCCUGGCCAUAGUGGAGGAUUUGAUUUGGGGGCUCGUCUGUCUGGCGAUCGGGCUGAUCAAAGGGGAGGUUGGAGAGAGACGACUCCCAGACUCUCUGACGUCAGUCUGGUUCAAUUAUAGCCCUACAAGUUGAUCGGAAGGCAAGGAGGAUGGAGACGACUCUGACUGGUCAGUGGUCACCCAACCAUGACCAUGGUGGAGGAUGUGUCAGGGAUCUUCUUUUCAAAAAAAAAAAAAAAAAAAAAAAAAGAUU